GCGAUGCGUCCGCUAUGGCCGCCGCCCAGCCAAUGCUCUCGUUGCUGCUCCUGUUGUUGGUCGCGGCGUCGGGGAAGGCGAAGCCCCGGGAUGAAAACAGCACUCUAGAAGCAGAGGAAACGUCCACGAAUGAGACGAGCCCCAGUGAGGCGCCCACCAGUGAGGAAGCGUCCACGAAUGAGACGAGCCCCAGUGAGGCGCCCACCAGUGAGGCGGCCGAAGUCCAGAGGAAAGAGAGACUCGACCCCAGAGCUGGCGCUUCUUCGUCCAUCUGCCCCUGUGACCUGCACCCAGGCUUCUGCGACCUCAACUGCUGCUGUGAUUCAAGCUGUGGCUCAGAUUGUAGCACAGGGGGCCCUGAAUGUCCCUUCUCUUUUUGUCUUCCAGGCAGCACCAGGGCUGUGAGUCAGGUGUGUGUGGAAAAAUCCACAAUUUUCCAAAAUAACACCCCUUACCGUACUGAUGUCCUUCCUGGUCCUGGUGGAUGUGUAUUGCUGUUCUGUGUGGAGCUAAAUGAUCCAAAGCUGAACUAUUUACAGCAGCCACAGGUGGUUACAAAAGUCAACUUUCCAGCACUUUCAGCACAAUAUGGAGGGUCGUCUUUCAACUUGCCUGAUCAAGUUCUGUCAUCACCACCUGCCUUUUACCGGGUGGGGGAUCCUAUACAGACUUACUUUGCUGCAUCAUCUGUAUUAAGUAUACUCAAACAACCAGUGGGCAUUGGAACCAGCCAACUUUGCAUAGAUGAGAAUCCUGCUGGUUUCCUGGAGAGCAAAAACACAAGCUGCAUUCGGAUCCUUACUGACUUAACAAGCAGCUGCACCACUGACCCUGCACUGGAUGCAGCUUCAUACUACCGUGGCUUCAGUGUGCUGAAGGUCCCAGUCAACAUGACUAUUUUCCAACCGAUACAGGUCAACAUCAUCCCUGUUUCACAGCCUGCAUCUCCUUCACUGAGUGGUAGCACGUGCCACAAUGUUGUUUCUGAGGUGAGCUAUGAGGUGGAGUUCAAUGGGAUUCAUGGAAUUCAGAAAGUGUCUGUUCAAUUCAAAGUUGCCAGUAUAUCUGGGAAUCCAAGGGCCACACUGCAGCAGCACUUUUCUCUUCAUUUUGGGAGGAGGAGCCCUUCUCUCACCAAACAGAGAAGUGGGAACCCUGGAUAUAUUAUAGGAGCACCACUGAUAGUUCUGUAUAAUGGCACCCAGCAGCAUAUAACUAUUUUACAGAAUCAAGUUGAUGGUCAGUGCUCAGCAACUAAAAGGCAUAAAGUACAGUUUAGAGAGAAUGUGAGGACAAGCUGCCAGUUCAGUGUACCCUUCAAGCUGGAGGAAGCAAACUGUAGCCAUUUCCAAGAGACACUAUACCAAGCCUUCGAGGGUACAUACAACUUAGGCGGUUUGGCCAUAACUGGCAAUGCUGACCCAAGCCGUCCAGGAGAGCGGACCAACAUCUUCACCCAGGGGUGCAAAAUGCAGGAGGGGGAUUGUAUGGUUCCCAUUUCCCUGAAGAUCCAAGUGAUAUGGGCCCACGUAGGCCUCCUGUCUAAUCCGCAAGCUCAAAUAUUGGGAGCACGAUACCAUUAUCUCUGCAAAUCUCUGAAGUCCAUCGGCAACGUGGUGAACAUGUUGCCUUUGACAACUGCAGUUGCCUUCACGGAUGCUACUAAAUGGCCAGAGCCACCCCGCAGUCAGCCCAGAGCCUAUUGGAAGCUUCCAUUUGAUUUCUUCUUCCCUUUUAAAGUGGCAUUGAGUGGAGCUGUGAGCAGCUCAGGCAGCCUACCUGGUACUCUGCUGGUGACAUUAACAUUUUGUAAAUUACUUGUCUCAUGAAUGUCUUUUUUAUAAGAAGAACAAGAUCUGCAAGAGCCAUAUUGGCAUUGCUUGUAUUACCUAGCAUUGCUUGCUAUGAAGUGACUGAAUCAGAAUGGAUGCACUCUUGGGGGGAAGCGUGUUUCAGAAACAGUCUCCUCCUAAUGGAGGGUACAGAGUGGAAACUGCGCGUCGUAUGACUAUGGUGCUUGUAGUCAAGUCUAGGAACCUCUGUACAUCACUAUCUGGGCUUGUGGUAACCUGUUGAAAACUCACCAGCCCAUGGUGAGCUGGUCAAAUGCACAUACCACACAUGAAUUUGGUAUUCAGCUCAUGAGGGUAAGUGCUAAAAGUUGUGCCAUAUGUGACGUGCCAUGCCUCUUUAUGGAUGUCUUUCUUUACUCCACAAGACAGACCCUCUGGCCAUCAAUCUAGUGAAGAAAGAGGUGGGACCCAAUGUGACGUGGGCACUCUUCCUCUUCAUUCUGGAGCUUUUGAGCCUCUUCUAUGAAUCCCCUUACAUUCCCCCAAAACCCUUGCCAGUGUGGAAGUGCUUGAGGACGAUCUCAGGCUGCUUUAGAUCUCAGUCAAGGAAAAAGCUCCCAAUCACAAACUCUGACAUAGUAUUUAUUGAAGAAAAUACUAGAAGUAGAAAGUCCUAUAGCUUUCAGUCUGUUUUCCCUUGUCUGUUGUUAGGGGGAAACUUGGGACACUUGAUAACUCACAACUUUGUAAAUGAAAGAAACUAUUUUAUCUUAAUGGAUUGUCAUUAAAAACUAAUAUCAUUCCUCUUUUCCUGAUAAAACAAUCACGCCUUUCAUGACUCACUUCGAUAAUACCUGUCUCUUACCUUUAUACUACUAACUAUGGCAGGCUUUCCUAGAGGAGUCAAACUGGGACACGAUUACUGAAAAAGAAAUCUCUCCACAAUCACUGAGGAUACAAAGCUACACUGAUGCUAAAUGUCCUUUUAUGUUAUAGAACUUAUGCACACUUGUGUAUUAACUAUGGGAGCUUGGGAAGUGGGCUUUAAUUUUAGGAGCGUUGCAACCUAUGUCCUACUGACGAGUUCUUCCCUAAUAUAUUACACGUUAAGCAGCAGCCUUAAUAAAGCCAGUGUAUAAAAAAUUAAGUAUUUUGUGGGGGCAUCUUGUUAUAAUUACUCUGCCUAUCUGCGUCUGAUGUGGGACAAAUAUAAUUUCUGUUCUGCUUUAUUGCUUGACAGCAUAUGGGGCUGUUUAGCAGAUUUCAGUAAUGAUACCUUUCAUGUCCAAGUAAUCGGUGUAGGCCUGUCCUAACAUAGUUGCUUCUUAGCAUUUCCCUGCAAUACAAUAGAAUUAUAGUUUCUUCCAGCAUCUGGAAAAAUGUAUAAUACCUAUUUGUUAUUAAAUAACAACCAUCUUUUUUUCUUUUCUUUUUUAAAACACCCUGUGAGUGCAAUUUUUAUACAUGUCUGCUCAGAAGUAAGUCCCGUGGAGUUCAAUGGUUCUUACUCUCAGGUUCAAUAGUUGCAAAAUUGAAGCCUAAAUUAAGGAUGCCUAUGAGAGGUAGAGGGACCCAUUGUCAUGGGAUAAUAAUGGUAUUGCCUUUACAGUAUACAUCUCAAGUCUACUAAUUCCAGGUAGCCGUCUACUUUUGUAGCCCUUAUGAGGCAGUAAAAGCUUAGCGAGAGGCAUUGCCAAUGGGGAAUGGAGCAAAAUGACAUGCUAUAUCUUUAUAAUAUGUCUCAUACCAAAUAAUCCAACUAGCUUGAACUUUUGUUGCUCAAAAUAUGUCCACUAUGAUCAGAUGAAGAGUGACCUUCAAGCCUAUGGUUUCAGAGUUGCCUUGAAUCUUGAGGUAGUGACCCUACCCUGUCAACUCUAAAAUAAGGACACUUUAGGAAAAAUUAGCCUCAAAGUCCAAGUAGGAGGACUAGUAAUUUACAGCUUUCCAGUUGGAGUGUGAUAUGAAAUCACAUGUGAUAAUGCCUUGGCCCAGUUCCUUGCUUGUCUGUCCUCAUGUCACCUGGGGUCCUGGCAAAAAAAGAGCACUGUGAAAAUGUGUUUCUUGGGCUGCUUGUGUGGGUGGCAAAAAAUUAUAGGUUUUGUCCCCUAACAUGGAAGAUGAAGCAAGCUUGUUUUCUCCUGCUCUGGAGUCUAGGGCCCUAACCAAUGGAUUCAAGUUACAGGAAAGGAGGUUCCGACUAAACAUCAGGAAGAACUUUCUGAUAGUAAGAAUUAUUUGACAGUGGAACAGACUCCCACGAGACUUAGUGGACUCUGUUUCCUUGGGGGUUUUUAAAGUAGAAGUUAGAGAGCCCGUCUGUCAUGUAUGCUUUAAUUGAAAUGCUGCAUUGAGGAGUUUGGGGUCCCUUCCAACUCUAUAGUUCUUUUUCCACGGAAAUAUCACUGAACAUACCACAAAUAAGGGUGCAGACUGCACCUCAGAUCAAAUUCCACCCCUAGUUUUGGAUUUCUUCAUCUGAAAAGUAGUAAGUAGUACCUUGUAAAUGUGUUAAGGGUUUUAUCUGCAAAGUCCUUCUAAGUGUAUCUCAGCUGCUUUUUCUUGUGUGUGAUCGUCCCUCAGCAUACUUUGGUUCAGAGUAUAUGAUGCUAAGUGGGGCUCACUUGGAGGCAAGGUUCUCUGAAAGACUUGUGUAAGCUGCUCUGAGCUUCCCAAAAGAAAGAUGAAGAUACUGUAAAUAAAAAUUUCAGCAUUGGAUAAUAUUAAGGAAUGAAGAAUGAUUUACUUCAAAGGUUUAACAACCUUUGUUCUAACAAAGUGGAAACGUGAGAUUGACAAUUCUUAAGUCAGAUGAAAUUUAUGCUGAAGGAGUAUUUUUAAAAAGUUUAAAAAGGAAAAAUCUGAUAUUGACACUAUUUUAAGGUAUAUAUAUAUAUAUAUUACAUUUUCUGGUGGAUGAAAAGUAUAGGACAAACUCAAUUUUUAUUAUGAACCUUUAUGGUAGUUAUCUGCAGAAAUUGUCUUUGUUUGGUGUUGGAAAUCUCCAUCUGUACCAACCAUAGCAAACUGGCUGGCAACUGUCUUAGGUACUGCAUACAUGGAAAAAAUGGGUAACUGUUAGCUACAGAGAUCCAGUGUUGCAGAAAUAGAAACUUGGUGUGUGUGUGUGUGUGUGUGUGUGUGUGUGUGUGUGUUUGUGUGUGUGUGUGUGACUGGAACCAGAUUCUGGAUUUAGGCUGACUUGACUAAGUGGUGCUGAUGUGAAUGACUUGCUUGCUUCUUACUUUGUGUCUCUUUUGUAAACAUUGUAUUUGAUUUAAAUAAAAAAAGAACACUAUACCCUUUCCACUGCAGUCACAUUAUGUUUGAUUCCACUUAUUUUUCUUUUAAAAGCUGGCUAAUUUCAAUUCUGUAGGCAGUCUAUUUCAUAAAUAACUUCAGUGCAGGUGGGGCUUCUGUGGGUGAGAUGUUCUUUGUAGGAGCAGAUUCUCUCCCCCCCCCCCCGUUGUUUUUCACCCUUAUCAAAAUGUAGUUUCUAGUAGGAGGCUGUCAGUGUCCCCCUAUUUAGUAUAAAGUCACACCACUGGGCAGACUCAUAUUCACACGGUGAGAGGUAGAUGCUUAAAGAACCUUCACACUCCUAUGAAAGUCUCAUAAAGCUCUGUCUUGGCAAACCAUAAGAACCCAUUCUGUCUCCUUAAUUCACUUUCAGCAGUCAUUUGCACAUAUAUUCCUAGAAGUGGCCUUUAAGGAACAUUUAGGCCAUGUGCUGUACUUUCUUGACCAUGUUUAGUCAGAAGUAAGAGAAUGCCUACAAGUGACACUGCUUAGGAUUGCAGCCCUGACUAUAUGCUGCUCCAUGCAUCUUAGUUUUAUGGUUUGUGUUUUAGGGUCUUGGCUGCGCAGCACCCAUAUCUGAGUACUGAUUGUAAGGAGCACAUGAUUCCUGUGUGAGCCCCAGCUGUAUAGUGCAUUUUGCCCGUCUGGGCUUUGGCUUCACAGAGCAUGCAAUAACAAAGUCCAGCUUUGUUGACUUUAGGUGUUUAAGCAUGAGGCCAACUCCCUAAUGGAUAACUCUUAGGAACAAGCUGUUUCCUGACCUGCCCCUGAAUGUCUCCAGAAAGAAGCCUGGACCCUUUUGUUUUGCCAUGUUCCUUUUUAAUUAUUUUUUUUAAAAAACCUGUUCUGAUAGAACAAUAUAUGACAAUGUUACAAUACGAUAAUAUCUGCUUAAGGUCAAGUGCAUAGGUCCAAAUUGUCACUCUGUCUUCUCACUUGGGGGGUGGGGGGUAUGACAGCUGAACUGAGUCGGAUACAAAAUAUACUUGAAAGGGACUGUCCCUUCAUUUGUUUUGAAGCACAAAGUUCCAAUUUGGGAGAGAGACAGAUAUUGCAUUUGUCCUUGUGAGACUAAAUUCUGCUGCAAAUUCCUUGUGUGCUGAGCAAAGAGGGACAGGACAAAGUUCUUAAUCUCUGCUUUGCCCCACUUCUCCCAGCAAGACACUUCCAGUGGAAAGGUUGAAAAGCAAAGGAAGUAGCCUCCUGACUUUCAGGACUUUUUUGUGCAAGUAGUAAAUUAGUAACUCCUUUUCUUUCCUAUCUCAAGGUGGGUUACAACAUGUCUUAACAUUUUAAA